AUGGCCGCUUCGCCCCAACAGCAGGUCUGGUCGACUCCCGAGUUGCUGGAGUCCGUUCUGCUCCCGCUGGACCCGCGCACGCUGCUAGUCUCCGCGCAACGAGUGUGCCGGACGUGGACCAGCCUCAUCAGAGAAUCCUCGGCUAUUCAAAAGGCGCUCUUUUUCACCCCGGUAGAGGGGGUCUCCACGGAAAAGGCCCACAAUCCGCUAUUGGCGGCGGCCUUCCCAUCGCUCUUCCAUACAAUCAAUACCGACUCCGAGGAUGAAGAGGAAUUCAGCUUCGAAGGUCUCGAUAUAGUUCAGCAUCCCGAGAAAAGAGCAGUUUAUUUCCGACCAGAGGCUAGCUGGCGAAAUAUGCUGGUCCAGCAGCCCCCCACUCAUAAGCUGGCGGUUUGGAAAUCAUCCUUUAGCUGGUGGAACACGUAUAUAUACUUUGAGAUUCCGGGAGAUUCUUCUAAGACGCAGAAUGGUCUCCGCAUGGAGACCUUCUUCGAGGCGCUGUUCCUUGACGACGAGGUGAUGUUUGACAUCGCGAACCGCAAAGAAAUCAUCUGGUGGGGACGUGCUCCGGGAUUGGAGAAGCAAAUACGCCGGCUCGAGAAACUGGGCGGGUUUAAGCUAGACGCGGAUAUUGUCGUUUUCACGAGCUCCAGCGGCCAGUGCUACGAGGACGAGGACGAGGAUGAAAAUGAAAAUGCGGAGCCCAAGCCCGCUCGGAAGCCAAAUCUUGGUGAACAACUAACGGCCCAGAUUAGAGAGACAUAUCGGGAGCUGGGAUUGACACCUAAGUGUACAGAGGAGGGAUGGAGGAGUGCCAUUCGGGAAUUUGAUUUCGAAGUUGGUCAAGAUGGAGAGAUUUCUUGA